AUGAGCUCGUCUCCUCAUUUUCCAAUUUCAGUGGAGCCUCACUUGGAUUCAGACGUAGGCAGCCAGUCUGACGCUUCGUAUCACCUUGCUCGUGAGCGGUUUAGCGAUAGAUACAACGAGCGAGAAGGGAGCUCACCGGAUGAUGACGAUUUUGAACCCGAGUCCAACUCCUCGGAUGAGUCCGAUAACAACAACAAUCGGUAUCUCGGAGACGACGCUGUCCGCGAGCUCUUUCUAGAGAACCAGGAUGAUAGUGAUGUGCAAAUUGAAUUCACUAUAGAAGACAGCGACCAGGAAGGCGAAGAUGAGCAUACUACUUACACUGGCGCCUCUCGCGUAACCACCGAGCAGCUCUUUCGGCUACUUGGUGCAAGUGGACUACGUCGUAUUCUUCAAACCCAUGGACUAUGGAGAGAACACGCCCCUCAUGACGACAAUAAUGAGGAUGCUUUUGUUUUUGGUUCCUAUGGCUUUAGACGGCGGCCUAGACGAAAGCCUGCUGAAGAUUUAUACCCUAAAAUUCCUAGUGAUGAAGGUGCUGAACUGAUGGCAUCCGGAGCGUUCGGCAGUAACCAUCACUAUGUUGAUAGAAUGAAAAACAGGAGAGCUAGCUUUGCAAUGAAAAUGUUAUCUAGGGAAUUAGCUCUUGGACCUCGAGGUGCAGAGUUAAGGGCCAAUAGAGCCCUUCCACAGGGCCUUAUUCCAAACUCGGUACCGGAUAAAAUUCUUCAUUUUGAUUCGAGGUGUUAUUCAGGUCAAUUUUCUGAAGAUGGAAACUUCUUCUUUUGUUGUGCUCAAGAUUUCAAGGUGCGGAUGUACGAUACAUCUAACCCGUUUGACUGGAAAUACUACAAAUCAGUGGAAUAUCCCUUUGGUAAAUGGACUAUCACAGACGCUUCGUUGAGUCCCGAUAGUAGGUUUUUGGCUUACAGCUCCAUAAACAACGCUGUCUGUCUUGCCGGUACAGAUCCCACGUCAGACGCAGACCCGCAGAUAUUAGAUUUCGCUAAGACCUCACGACAUCGAGAUACUAGCCCUGUAGGCUUGGGCUUCUCUGGAAAUGCCGUAUGGGGUAUAUGGUCAAUCCGGUUUUCAGGGGAUGGCCGAGAAAUCGUCGCUGGGACUUCAGAUCGUUCAGUUGUCGUAUAUGAUAUCGAAACCCAGAACCCUGUCCUACGGCUUCAAAAUCACCAAGACGAUGUCAACGCUGUUUGUUUUGGUGACAAUCUGUCGCCCCACAUCUUAUAUUCUGGAUCGGAUGAUACAACACUCCGGGUUUGGGAUCGCAGAUCAAUGGCAAACGGCCGAGAAGCAGGCAUCUUUAUGGGUCACACUGAAGGACUGACUUAUGUGGAUAGUAAAGGGGAUGGCCGAUAUGUGCUAUCUAACGGAAAGGACCAAAUGAUGAAGCUAUGGGACCUUCGAAAAAUGAUGAGCACUGCACAGUUUGACACCAUACAGCCCAGGAAGUAUUCUACAGGGUUCGACUACAGGUUCAUGACUUUCACCCCCGAAGAUUAUCGACCCCACCCGUAUGACUGCUCAGUGGUCACCUUUCGGGGACAUAGUGUUUUGAAAACACUGAUUCGAUGUCAUUUCUCACCGCCUGGUAGUACCAACUCACGCUACGUUUACACUGGAAGUGAAGAUGGAAAAGUCUACAUCUACAACCUUGAUGCUACAACUGCGGGUACGGUUGAAGUUGCAAAAGCUACUUACCGAACCCGGCCCAUAGAUACCAGUCUACAUGAUGCCGCAUACUAUUUUAGGAGGGGAGAUAUUGAAUGGAAAACUUGCGUUCGAGAUGCGAGCUGGCACCCGAAUGCCCCAAUUCUAGCAGCCACUUCAUGGAACGGGUGGGGUAUGUCUACUGGGACGUGUAGUAUUCAUAGCUGGAAUGACGAUGCUUCAGAAGAUGAGGGCGAUCCACCAGUGGGGCAGAGUUAUGACUCGAACCUAGAAUACGUAGAGGCGUUCAAUCGGUAUACUCAAGUGGCUCGAGAUGGAAGCACUGCUCGCGGACUGAGGAGCCAGCCGGUCCGCCCGCAGGCGGCAGAGUCGGGCAUGGUCUGGUGA